UUAGCUUUAGUAGUCUACAGUGACCAGCCAAACCGAAUUUACCGUAGAAGGAAGUGCGCAACGGUGAAGCCUCUCGCUCUGCCUUUAUACUCUUUGAUAUGUAAGUCAAACUUUCACGCUUGUCUGUGUAGUCCACAUAGGUAGUCCAUGGUGUAGUCUCCCGGCGCAGUUCUUUCACAAAUGUCGCAUUUAUUUUUCCCCUCAUGGAUUGGACAUUAUGAAAUGUUCUUGAUCAAAUAAAAAGGCGGAAGUAUGGGCAAAUUCCAGUCCAAAUUUGCUUCGAAACGUAGACAGGGUCCCGAAGGUGGUAGUUUGGCUUCCAAUGUGCUGACCUGUCAAAGGGAGCUGGAGCGCAUCCACAAAACCAAACUGACAGAGAACUUGUACUUAGAAUUGAGGGCAAACAAGUCUGAGCGUAACUGCAACCUCAAAGUGGUUCUGCCACCAAAGAAGACACCUGAUAGAGAUAAAAGCAUCCACUUCCAGUUCAAUAAACAGACGAAGAAGAGGAACAGCCAUGCUGGUGUAACAUACACAGAGUGUAACAUAGUGCCUGAUGAGGACACUCAGCAGGAGUGGGUAUUCAUGCUGUACAACUUUGACAACAGUGACGAGGUCACCAGAGAGGACAUGGCCAGUCUGAUACACUCCAUGCAUGAGGUUCUAGAGGCGUCGGUCAAGCCGCCUUACAGUGGCACCACACCCCUGAAGAUAAAGCUAGUUGUAACUCCAUCAGCUGGCCCAGAGAAGAUCUCACAAAUAGCAGCAGGGAAGGAGCAGAGUGCUUUUCAGGAGGCAGCAAAAAGACACUAUUGUGUGGAUGAAAACAUAGAGCGCAGAAACCACUACCUGGAUCUAGCUGGCAUUGAAAACUAUACCUCCAAGUUUGACAAUACAGAAUCUCCCUCUCAGGAGCCCACUCAAGAUGCUCAUUCUGCUCUUAAGCACCACCCUGUGGUGAUCAGAGAGAACUGCAUCUCUCCUAACUCUCCCAGAGGCCUCUCUAGCCCAUAUUCCCCGAGAAACAAGGCUGCGUCAGUGGGGAAAGACAGGAACGGAGGAGAGGGGAAGUCCUGCAGGUUACAUGGCAAACAACCUGCUUCAUGGUGCCAUCAUUCCCAGUCUCAGCCUGCAGCACAUAGCGUCCUGCAACGUAGUCAGAGCAAGAGGCUUCGCUCCAGGGUACAAGAUGCUGGCUCACACCUUAGACCCACACCAGGGGGAGGUAGGGAAAUAUUUUCCAACCUUCAGCCCUCCUGUGGUGCCUUGGCUUCUCCAGCCCAGAGACAUGAGCACCAUCACCACCACGAGCAUCAUCAUCAUCAUCAUCACCAUCACUACCACCCUUCGUAAAUGCUUUUCAAACACACAUGAGACCGGUCAUGUGAGUAGUGUCACAAAGAGGUGUUUGUAGAAUAGUGACAAGUUUCCCAGUGGCAUUCAGAUGUUGUUCCUAUUUAUCUCUCUUGCGAAACUUGCAAAUAGACACUGUGCCUGACGAAGGACGCAAGACAGCUGUUUCUAUUAAUAACCUCUACCCUCUUACCCUACCAUGUGACCCCCGUGCCUCAACACAGCAAGCCUGGGUCCAGACAAAUGCACAACACCCAGGCAGACAUCAACAAAGGAAAUCAACAAAGCAGCAACCACAGAGGAGGCCGGACACUGACACACAUAGUUGUUUGACUGCAGCUCUCAUCAACAACCAACAGACUUGUUGGUACGAGAAAAAAA